CAAGCAUCUGAAAGGGUUAUUUUGCACUGUGCGGAAUAUGAAGAUGCUGUGGCAACCCUGUCCAUUAUGCUUGCCCCAAUGGCCCCACACAUCGCUUCUGAGAUCUGGAAAGGUUUGUCUCAUAUUCCGAACAAACUUUGUACCCAUCACCGUUGGGACUUGGACGUACUACAGCAGCCCUGGCCGACAGUGGAUCCAGAAUACCUUCAGCAGCCAGAUAUAGUGGACAUGACUGUUCUGAUCAACAACAAAUUCUGUGGUAAAGUUGGAGUACCUCAGCAAGUAGCCCGAGAUGCCGAAGUAAUUCGUGAACUGGUUCUUCAAAGCAAGCUGGGGAGUGAAUACCUGCAAGGACGUACCAUUACAAAGUUCUUCUUGUCUCCUCGAACUGCCCUUGUCAACUUCCUUGUUCAAGAAUAGCAGGCAGUGAUGUUUUUAGAACUGCCUACAGAAGAGCACCUGAUGAAAUUCAUCAAAGGAAUCAUUUGGUAGAGUUAGAAGAGCCCCCCAAAAAUCAUGGUGGGGGAGAAAUCAUAAUUGAUUUAGGGGUUGGUGCUUGCAGAGGAAGCUUCUGCACUUGAGGGGAGCAUACUCGUUGGUCAGAGUACCUCCUCAGGUGUUGAAGCCUCAUGUAUGAGCAGCAAACCCCUUUUCAUGGACAUCUCCCAACAUUCAUUCAGAGAUGGAAGAGCUGAUGCAUAGUUCCAGAGAUUCGUGGACCUGACCUGUACAGCUCCUAUGGCGUAUUAAUUCAGCAUAUGAAGAGGGGGUUUGUGCAUUCCCAGUGUCACUCUUCAUUAAAAUUAAAACUAUUUUAGGCAUUUGAAGAGACUCUCAAUAAUGACGAAAACUACCUGACCAUAUUCUCAUUCUGAGUGCAGAUAUUAUGAUGGAGAAAAGAGGGGUUGGUAGAAUAAGGAAGUGAGAGCUACAUUGUAUAAAAUGAAUAAACAUAUGCAGGUCACCAGACAUUUCUCUGGAAAUUGUGGAUGAAAAUGCACUUGUGUGUGUAUUGCCAGGUGGCAAGCUAAAGUGCCACAGUGAGUAUUUGGCACAGGAUGUUCCUCAGUUUAAUAAAGAGCAGCUAUUAUAUUCUUGUUUAUCUAUAUAGAAAUCCUUACUGCAAAAAAUGAUAUUUUAAAGCUCUUCAGUGGAUUAUUCAUAGACAUAGUGUACAUUAUUACAACCAACCAUGCCUUUUCCCAGUUUUUCAAUACCAAAGAUAUUAAUUCAGAACAGUGAAGUCUAUUUCUCUUUUAACUAUAUUUUUAUUUAUUCCGAGAGAGCUCACUUAUAUAAUGAGGUAAUGAAAACUUGUUUCUAAGCAAGACAAAGAAAAUCCUUAUUUAUCUCUGAGUUCCAAAGCAGCAAGCUGGUAAUAGAUCAAGUUAAAGCAUUGCAAUGUUGCCGGGGGAUAUUCAUACAUGCCGGGCUUGAUCUUUUAUUUAAUCUUAAUUCUCACACAGCUCAGACAUGUGGCUACAGUGGAAGUUGUUAUUUUGUCAGUGUGCUUUGUAGUAUAGAAAUUAAAAAUGAAGUACCCUG